AAGGCACUAGUAACCUUGGAAGUAAAAGUUUGGGGGGUGAUUUUGUUACAGGUGUUUAUAAUUUGAGAUGCACCUUUUUUUUAAGAGAGUAAAGGAGAGAGAGAAACAUCAAUUUUCUGUUAUUUAUGCAUUCAUUGGUUGCUUCUUGGAUGUGCCCUGACUGGGGAUCGAACCCACAACCUUGGCAUAUCAGGACAACCCUCUAACCAACUGAGCCACCUGGCCAGGGCCUAAAAUGCACUUUUAAACUUGGAGGGCAUUGUGGGGAUUCUGGGCCUUGGUUGCCAUUGGCAAGAGCAGGCUUCACAUCUGUCCAGAAUUCAGAUAACCUAAGGGCCUGCUGAUGGGACUGAGGUAGGUCUAGGGGUGUCACAUAUUUUAUUGAAAUUUUUAUUCAGGGAUCAAGUCCCCUUGUUGGGCAAAGGGGAGAAGGGACUGACUAUUUUGACUAGCAGGAGAAAUGUACAAACCAACCCAUGACCCGAUGGUUGGGGUCAUCAGCAGAGGAGCUGGCUGCUGUAUUCCAUCUCCUCACCUGCAGGGUGGGAUGGUACCCAGGUAGUGUCUCCCCGUCUUUGGGGUGUGGAGAGCUGACCUUACCACCACCACUCCACAUUUCCUUACAAACCACUCUGCCAUUUUGAGUGUUGUGUUUCAGAUGCUCAGGGCUGCUGCUCCUCAUACAUGGUCGUGCAGCUUUGUAAACUCACCCCAGCUAAACCACAGCUUUCUCAAAAUGUACAUUUAAACCCAAGUGACAUGGAGUGAGCAUAUUGUUGGCUGAGUAGCCAGGAGGACAUGGGUGCCUUUGCUGAACUUUGGCCUGCUGUGUAGGGAGCUCAGAGCAGCACUGUUAUAAAAAAUUAUUUUUUUAAACUUUUGAACAACUUUGUCAAGGGGUGGAAUUGAAUCUUAAGCAUGUUAAUAGCUGUGCUCUGUCUUGUAGGGCAAAUCUCACCGAAGAAAUCUCCAGGCCCCGCAGUGAGCAGCAGGGCUAAAGUCAUAAGCAGGCCAAGGAAUGCCUGUUAUCCAGGGUGCCCUCUGGGUGGGAGAAGAAAGAAGUGUCCCCAAGAACAGGAAAAAUGGUUCCUACAAAGCGUCCAGCCUCUUCCUGUCCUCCCCUACCUUUGGUUGUGUGGGGGUUAGAUGCCAAUGGUCCAUGAGGCCAACUGUCUUGGCUCUGAAGUCCUUUGUCAGUGGCCAGCUGGAGGACUGGCAGGGUUCACCGGCUAGCCAUGGGUUCUUGGUAGGGAGCCCUGGCCUUUGCCUAUUCCCUAAGUUGCUGACCUUUGGGAACAGGCCUGAUAAGCAGACUUUCCAGCUGCACUUGUAGGGUAGAGCCUGGGAAGCUGUUCCUUUGGGCCGACUCCUUCCCGGCGCCUUGCUCUGCACCCAGUGGGGUCUGCCUACAACCUGUGGCUUCUCUCCUAGUCCCAGAGUUACAGCACUCUUUCACUUCUUUCUCUGAGAGUUCUCAGUAGUAAAGGGUACCCUGAGCCUUUAGCUCCUCCCAGGCUUGGAGUGUUUGGGGGUUGGACUCUGCCAACAACAGCAGGGCAGCCGGUGCCUGUGAGGUUGGUGGUGCUGACGUUGGCUCUGCGAGGUCGGCUCAAGGUGGGUCUGGAUAUUGAGCAGGCCUGUCAGGGCGUUGUCACCCACACCAGGAGCACGCAGCAGGUGCGGCAGCCAGCGACACCUUCCUCUUCUGCCCCAUCUCUGCCCUUACUGUGUGAACUCAAAUGCACAUUAAACUCUCAAACCCAUGCUGACUAGCGUUCCUUGCUCUCGCCUUGACAGCAGCCUUCACACACAGGCUGCAGCUGUCUAGCCUUCGUGUGGGUAUGGGACGGGAGGACUUAGUUGAAGGCUCUUCUAUUCCAGAGCUGGAAACAACCCCAUCUCAGGUUCAUAACAGGACAGGUUCUGAAGAUCCAGGAAAAAUGAAGCACAAAGCAAAACCAGAGUAGGACAGGGCUCCUGGUGAGGACACCCGUGUUGUGAAAGCUGCCUGGGGAGCCCUGCCUGUGGCAAUCCACAGUGUUAAGUGACGAAAUGCAAGCUAGGAGCCAGGGCCAUAGCACAGUUAGAGAAAGCCAUGCUGGUCAGGGCAGAGGCUGGUGGACAUAAGGCUGACCUAACCGUCUCAGGGUGCAAGGGAGGUUCAAGUAGGCUACCUUUACUGCAGCGGAGCUUCCUGGAAGCCAUCCUGGUGUCAGGCACAUUCUCUGGGAUGCUACCCAACCCAAAAUUGCAGGGGUUGGGAAGUGGGAUGGCAGUGCAGAAUACCAACCUUUCAUAACAGGCAUUUAUUGAUGGUUUGCUGUAUGCCAGGCCUUGUGCCCAGCCCUAGGAGUCUGGAGGUAACCCAGGAGACUAGAAACCGGCCUCUUUAGGAAAAAUUAAUCUGCCCCCAACCAGACUCUGCAAAGCUGCUCUUGCCAAGUCUGGGCUGCCCUCCCUGCUAUUCAGCAGAUCUUGAUUUCCACAAGGCCAUGCUCUCAUGCUCUACCAGGUUUGUGCUCUCAGGUUAGCACAGGCCAGGUGUGAGGAGAGCCAGGCACGGUGACAAGCUCAUCCCCCUCCCCCAGGUGGAGGGGAGAGGGCUGUCUUGGCUCAGGUAGCUGGGCUGGGGAGGAGGCAGUAGGGUCAGGAGGGGAGGGGGCCAGGACGGCUGUUUGGCUUAUCAGAGGCUCCUGAGGUUUUCCUGGCUGACUCCAAGGAGUGGCAGACAAUCAGAGCAUUGUCACCAGGGCUGCAUCAUGGAGCAGGGGAGCUGCUGUGCAGAGGACCCCAGGCCUGGGCCUAUCAGGGUGAAGACCAGGCCCUGCCAUGGGGGCUGGAGAGCCCUGGGCCUGCUGCUGCUGCUGCUGGCAUUGGCCACUGCUGGGGCUGUGGCUGGAGGGCUUUUUGGCUUUGCUCACAGCCCUCCCAAGCCACUGCUACAGAUGUCCCGUCUGACCCUCCCGAGCCCCAGGGUGUACCAGUUCAACCAAACUGCCCAGGUGGACGUGGCCGGGAAUGUGGCAACCAUCAGGGUAACCCCGACUCAGAGUAACCACAGCUGGGCGGUGCUGUUCGAUGGGCAGAGCGGCUGUGUCUGUUACCGACCUGCAGAGCACCGGGCCUGCUUCCUCCACCUGAUGGAGCCCAGAGAUCGCAAGACCCUGCAGCUUCUGGUGAACACCUCGAAGACCCAGGGGCCUAACAGCCCCAGCCAGGAUACCCACUAUGCUCAGGAGCUGCUGGCAGUGCUUGGGAGCCAUGAGGUGGACCCUGCCCAAGUGGGGGCUUCAGUGCGGCACUUUUGCUCAAAGAUCCCCAUUUACUGGGCCCGUCGAGCAGAGGGGCCCCGGAGGCAGCGGCUCAUCUAUCUAUGCAUCGACAUCUGCUUCCCAAGCAACAUCUGUGUGUCAGUCUGCUUUUAUUACCUCCCAGACUGA